CGCCAGCACGAUGGCCGCCGUAUCGUCGUCGCCCGCGCGUUUCCUGUUGCCGCUGAUGGUCGCGGCGUUGUUCGCGUCGUCCCGUAAGUAUCUCUCUAUUAUGUGCACAAUAAAAUAAUGUACGAAAACACCGGGGACUCGGUGCCGGACAUCAGGACGGCGGUUGCAAAAGGCGCGCGCGCGCGCGCGGGAGCGGGGAGGCGGGAGAAACAUAAAAAACGGCGUUAAUUUUUUUCUGCGAUCGACUUUUCUACCGGAAAUAUUGCUCCGAUCUUCUAGUGUAGCACCGCCUUUCCCGAAAGGAAAUUUUUUCUGUACGGUCUUUUCUCGAUUUUCCAAGCGGUUUUCAUUAUAACUGUUCAUAAUAACCGGGAAAAAACGUAGGAAUAACGGGACAAUUUACGGGAAAUUAAUUACUUUUAAUUUUGUUUUUCGUUGUGAUUCGGUUAAAAAUAUUAGUGGAGAUUUGAAAUUUGGACACAAAACUCAAAUAUACAUUUUCUAGACGUGGUAAGAUUUACAAAGCAUUUUAAUUUUGCUAGCUUUUUACGUAGUUUUUAUUCGUUAAGUACUAUGUGGAUAAAAUUGUUGGACCGAACUGAAAUGCUUAAAAAUUUAACAGAAGGUUUAUUAUAAGGCGUACUGUGUGUUAAAAAAAAUAAUAAUUUAAGUGUAAUAAAGAAUUUUUAUCGAAAUAAAAUCGUAAAUAUUACGGCAAUACGGCCUUUCAAAACAUGUAUAACCGAAAGAUUAAUCGUUUCGUACAAACAUUGAAUUUCCCUCUAUAUCUUACCUUUCCAACUUGUCACCGACAACAGUGGCCCCCCCUAGGUCCGUAUAUAUUUUUGUUUAUUUUUUCUUGUACGUUACUUUUCGUAAACAUCGUAAUGUUAUAAAAAUUGCUAAUUAAUAAUAAAAUUUGAUCAUAAUUGUUUAAGAACAAUAUAACGAAUUAGAAAAAAUGUUAUUUCUUUAUCAUAGAGUAAUAGCAACUGUUCAUUUUCAUUUAUACUUUAAGAACGACUAUGAGCUUUAUAAAUAUCUUCACGCUUCGGAAAAUAUAAGCUUUUUAAUUUUAAGUUUUGAACGUUUAAAACGUUUCUAACAAGCGUUUUAAACACUUCGUAACCUUGGCCUAUCCUACACCAGUUAUGCUAUCGUCAUUAUCUAUAUCUACACAUUAUUUCAGGGUAUCUAUACCUACAGUUAAAUAUAGUUGUGUCUGUUCGGGCUUAUCUCAGGAUUACUGGCAAGUCGAAUUUGAAAAAUUAUUUUUACAUUAGGUAGCACGUUAAAAAAAAAAAAACCAGCCAUACGGGUGGGGGGAGGUCACAAUAAUAGUAUAUGAAUCAGUCUGCGUCACGUUAAAUAUGUUGGCGCAUUCACACCACGUUCCAACCUAGCGACUCGUAAUAAUAUAUUAUAUCCGUGGACGCCGACACACGACACCGGUGAAUUACCGCCUUAACUCGUUCGUCGGCUCCGGUUCUCCAUAAUAUGCUGUAUUGCCUAUAACGUCCGAGAGUGAAUGUGUGUGUAUCGCGCCUAUACUCGUCAGUAUCUUCGGAAAAACACGUAAUCGAAAAUAAAACCGUAAUGUCGUUUGACGUGCCGAACGUCGAGGAAAAUGUAGUCCGAACAGCAGCUCCUCGAUUUUUCUGUCGUAGGAAUUGUUUACGAAACAGCUAGACAUAUAUCGCGUAUCGUUAUCAUUUGUUCAAAUCUAUAAAACAAACGGUUUUAUUGUUACACUUUUUAGACGUGGUUAAAUUGUCAAUAUUUGUUCUAUUGAUUUUUGAGCUAUUGCCAUUUGAGUUUUCGAAAUUACCGAGUAUUUAUUUGUGGUUUUGGGCGGAUAACAUUUUUUUUGCCCAGCAAAAAUGCUCGAAAAUUGAUCACGAGGUUAUUCUCACAACUUGUACUUAGUAGUGAAAAAUAAAAGUCGACCGUGAUGUGGGGCAAUAUUUUUUUUGUAAGCGUUUAAUGAAAAUCGUUAAACUCGUGGCAUAGUUUAUAACGGAAGUCAGUUAAAAUCGUGAAAAAAAAAAUAGUAAAAGGGAAAUUUUAUUUUUAUUUUUAAAUAAUAAUUAAGGUUAGUUAUAUGGUUAAUAAUUAUGGUAUUAAAAUACUGCACCAAAAAAUACCAAACGAUAAUUUGACAAUACAUACAAAUUAAAUAAAACAAUUUCCAUAUUCCUGAUCAUUACUUACAAAAACACCAUAAAAUACCAAACAAUAAUUAAGUUUUGACUCUCGAAAAUAAUCUGUCAUACGAACUUUGCGUUUUAUCUGGCAUUAAAGCGAAAAUCAGUGGUAUUAUCAAAAUUAUACGCAUUAAACCCUGUAUCGUAUAUAAAAAUUCCAUCGGCGAACCAGUGUUCUAUCUAAAUUUUGUUCGGUAGCAAAUACUAAAAUCCGAUUUCCAACAGGUUCAAUGGCAUGUAUUGACAAUGUAUAUGAACCGUCACUUACAUGGGAAUAAUCAUGGAGUAUUGGGAUAUCUUUUUUAGUUGAUGGCUUUAGACGGAGCAGAACUAUUAAUCUGCUGUAUUCGACACAAAGUGCGUUUAAUAAAACUUACUGGUGGGAGAGCUCCGUGAACUGCCUGCGAACACAAUGUUGACGAUUCGGAAACGGUCUUGUGUGGACUGUCUUGAGAUGAUAGAGCUCGAAUUUUCAUUUCGUCUGCACAAACUUAAUCGUCGUUCAAUUUCUAAAUUUGAUGGGGUAUGGUUAUUAUGUUCACUAUAGGUCCCCCUUUAACGAUUGUAUCGGUUUUUUUUUUUAAGCCGUGAUUUGUCCGAGUGUUUUUAUAAUUUUUGUCAAACUUAUACGAAGAGCCACUUUAUUUUAGCAAUUUUUUGUUUUUUUGUCUACGAAUGAAUUCGAUAUUUUAAACGUUUGAUACUUCGUGAACGAUACAACACUGAUAUAACAACGGACGACUAUAGGUAAUACCUUAUAUACAUUAUACUGUGAUAGAAUGCCGCGGUUAAUAGAUGACAUAGGCAACGUGGAUUUAUCGCGGCAUUGUCUACAUACUAUUAUGCGCAUACCUACGACAUAAUAUUCGAGAAAAGAAUUUCUUACUUUUCGCGAUUUUGACUUUCGCUAUUUGGUUUUCGCGAUUUUCACAUAAACCCGUUUAUAAUAUGUUUGAUCAAACUUUGCUCACCAAUAAUUUAUAUCGGUACGCGGGCACGCGGGUACAAAUAUUAAUCAAUCGAUUAAUCUGUUAUACACGCAUCUAUAAAUAUGUUAGUGUCGAAAAUCGGAUAAUAUUAACUUUUCGUUCGGUCGAACCGAUUCCGUUUUAUUAUAAGACGGAAACGGCCUAUUAUCAAAUUUAUUGUCUGUGUUUUUACAUUUUUAUUUCUAUUCAAGAUACGAUGAAUUUUAAAUUAUUGUAAUAUUUCUUAUACUAUUAUCUUGCAACUCGAAAUUAAAAUAUCGAAAAAAAAAACACCGACGUACAAACGCAGAUAAUAUAUUCUUAUCUUUAAGUUUGAUAAUAUACUAAUUUCGCUUCAAUAUACACAAACUAACAGCACCGCAUAAUUUAUUUUAGUUUAGUUUUGUUAUUUCUUAAUGUAUAAUUUCUAAUAAGUUUUCUCAUUUGUACUAUUGGGCUCUGCAAGUCUUAUUCUUCUUUUGAAUAAAUUAUUGCCUACUGUUAUAGUAUUAUUAAAAUCGGGUCUACUGAAUGAAAAAUUGACGCUGUCCAAUUUCCAAAAUUAUGCGUACUACAAUAGGUUUAUACAUUGUACAAACCUACGCAUAUUAUUAUUAUACCUUACCUCCCCAACUUCCCGCCUAUAAAAAUGAUAACACAUCGGCAGUAAAGAGUUAAAAAGUUGUAAAAGCGAUUGUAUGUACGGAGUUGUAAUAUAAUAUUAGCAAACCACCAGACAAGUCUAGACCACUGGUUGAAAUCAUCAAUUAUAAUGUUUGUAAAAAAAAAAAAAAAAAAAAAAAAAAAAAAACAAAACAAAACAAAAACAGUAAAACUAAAAUGUAAUUUUAAUCUCCUCUACGCAUUUUUUUCUUCCACUAUAUCGCCUUUUUUUCGUUUUCUCGGCGGUCGAUCACUGCCUGUUACGCUACCCGCAGUAUCGUUGAGAACGUGAUUUUCGAUCUAGGUCACCGCGGUCUGCAGGCGGAUCUGUGUAAACAUUAAAUAUACUUUUUUACGCAUUGUAUCUAAUACCUAUUAAUCGAAUGAUUCCGUUCACCGGUCGCCGACGAAGACGAUCGCCACCGUACACAAGUAUUAACAUAACACAUUAACCAACAUUAUCGACUGGGGCCGUGUAUGGUAUAGGUACCGUAUCCGAUUUCUUUUACAUACAUUUUCGAGAGCGAGAGCGGAUAGAGUCACGAUAAUAAUAUCGCAUGUGCGUUUCGGGCCGUUAGGUUCUCGUGGACAUCCGACGAAUCGAAAAUUAUUAAUUGCGGUAAAUUCACAUAGAAAAAAAAAAAAAUGCAUUAAAAGGUUAUUGUUAUCGCGGCAUUGUGUAUAAUUUUUUUUUUUUUUUUUUUUUAUGAAUGGCGUGCGAACUGACGAUAACGCGUUGAAUUUCACGCCGGUCGUCGGCCAGCCGCAUCCGCGAAUUUCGAUGUAAUAAUAUUGACUAUUUCGCUAUUUCAUAUACACCUUCAGCUCCCCAGCACGGUUUCUUUUGAAAUACCAACGAAAAACGACGUCCUUACCCUUACCUUUUUUUUUUAUUCGCUUAAGACGAAACAAAUAAUAAUAAUAAAAAAUUCCGUCAAUAAUAUUGCACGUAAAACGAAAUGAGAUAAUGCUAUGUAAUAUUCUGUCGGUAAUCGGAUAGGUACUUAUAGAUAUUACUAUCGCCGCACACUCGUAAUGCGUUGACCUAAAUAAUAAUAAUGCAAUUACUUCAUAAGUAAACGCAAUAAUACGAAUGACGAGUACGUAUCAUAAUAAUACUAUAAUGGCGAUACGUCAUUUUAAGGUUUUUUCCUUUUUUCAAACAGCGAAUUUGUUAAAUGUAUACCGGUUUGAAUGCGGUCUCGCCCGUUAUAAUGAAUAAUAUUAUCGAUUUGAAUUUACUGCUCUAAAAAAAAAAAAAAAACCCACAUGAGCAGUAGAAUUCCGUUACUAGAAUCGAAUUUUCCCCAUCUGACUCGUUGCCGUUAUAGUAUUUGAUGUUUUUUUUUUUUUAUACAACGAUGAGAAAUUGAAUAAAAUAAGUUUUAUCAUAAGACACCCAUUAUCUCGGUUAGGUUAAUUUUUUCCGGAAUUUAUUUUCUAGAACAUUUAAAAAACCAGCUGCUCUACAAUUUUAUAUUUAUGUUAUUUUUCGUCACCUUUAUUUUUAGGGGUAAAACCACGAAUUACUUUUGAUUUUCAAACCUAUAUUAAAAAUUCCAUAAAUAGACGAAGUGUUAGUUAAAAUACAUUUUGGUAUUGAACAUUUUGAUUUCGGUCAAUCCUUCGACGAGAUAUUAAGUUUGGGUUGAGUGGUGGUGGAUUAUUAACACGCCGCGCGCCGUAUCGCCACACAAAUGAUACUUCACUACUCUUCUCCAACCCAAACUUAAAAGUAAAAUAUCUCGCCAAUGCAUUGAUGGAAAUCAAAAAUGUCAACACUAAAAUUUAUUUUAAUUAAUACUCCAUUUAGUUUUUAAUAGAGGUUGCUAUUUAAAAAUCAAGAGUAGUAAGUGUUUUUACCCCUAAAAAUAAGGGUGACGAAAAAUAACAUAAAUAUAAAAUUGUAGAGCAGCUGGUUUCUUAAAUUUUCUAAAAAAUAAAUUCUAAAAAUAAUUAAUACUUUCCGAGAUCAUGUCUUAUGAUGGAUUGAUCACCACGUAUAGAUAUAUACACAUUUCAAUUAAGUUACUUACUAUAUUCAUGAAUCUAUAAGGAUUUUUUUUUUUUUUAGAAAUAAAUCGAAUUAAAUAUAUAUUUUAUAUUUAUUCUUCCCGCAGUAACUCUAUUGCAUAGUAGUUAAGGUUUUGAUAAAAUUGAUUUAUGGUAAAUUCUUAUUAUUUUCUAAGAACUCGUAGAUCUUUUUUCGUUAGUUGUACUUAGAGGUAAAGUGAGAAACAUAUAAGAAAAGUGAGAAAAAAGUAGCAUUUAUUUUAAUUCUUAAAUUUCGUAAUUUAAAUUGUUAUUUUAUAUUUUAAUCCAUAAAUCCGUCGUUGCUUAUAAAAAUGUCUCAUAAGUCGUUUUUAAAGGAGUAUAAUAACAUUGAAUACGAGUUGAGAUUUUUACAGACAUUUCGAAUUCAAUGAAAAACAAUCGUAGAGCCCUGAAACUUUUGCCGUGGAUGCGGUAAAAUGUUCAAAAAUAUUCUAUCGUUUAUUAAUUAAUUUAUAGUAGUUAAAAGUUAAUUUGUCAUGUUUUAAGUUCAAAUUUACGUUAAAAAUCGUUAAAAAGCACAACAAAUGUUGUAAUUUAUCAACGCGUAUUUAAUCAACGUUCGCUCAGAAUUACUUUUUGUUUGCAGCUAUUUACCGUUACGUACGGAUUUAAAUUAAAUUUGGUACCUUAAUAUGUUCCAUCUUUCCGACUUUCCACACAUAUAAUAGUGGUCCAAUGUGAAGCAUGUCGGCUUUGUUUAAUGUAUGCAAGUUUUUAAAUUUAAUUUCCAGUAUUUUAUUUUAUACAUUAUACACGACUAGAAGACAUUUUAAAUAAUGUAAAACAACAAUUUAAAAGUAUGUACCUACUGCGAGUGUGUGUUUUCUCUAUUUAAAUUAUUAUGUAUUUUCACGCGCGUUAAUAAUUGCGGAAAACGAAAGGUACAAACAAUACCCAAUUAAUAUGUCGUCACGGUUUCUGAUUAAUUAUUACAAAGAUAUCUGUAUUUAAUAUUAGACAUUUCAAUAUUUUAGAAAACAACCUAACAUAGUAUUAUCAUGCUGUAGCGGACACGUUAUAUUAGAUACUUCUAAACGUCAUAAUAUUUCAAUUGCCUAUAUACUCAAAAACGAAUAUGUAGUUGAAAAUAAUAUUACGUCUGACUUUAGUUUGUAUUUUUGAGCUUAUUCCACUCCCACAAUAGAAUUAAAGUCUUUGGAUAAUUUUUUACUGAAAGAGCACCGAUGAAAUAUUUGUAAUCAAAAAACGAAUUUGAGCGAAAUAAAAUUAGUAGUAUUGGUCGUGUUUUUUCCCUUCGUUGUCCAGAUAAUAAAAAUAAUACAGAUUUAUCGACAUUUUUUUUUUUUUAAGUAAAGUACCAUCAAUCGAAAAAUACGCAUCUCUUGAGGUGCGGCAGAAAAAAUUGGUACAUUUUUAUUAGCGGAAAAAAUGUUUUCCGAGAAAAUAAAAAAAAUAUUAGUAAAACUAAACUAAAUUCUUCGCUACACUAAGUUAAUCAGAGUUAUUAAAUUGUUAAUCUGUUGAAUCAUGAAUGAUAUUAAAUUUUAAUAUUUAGUACAGAAAAAUUAGUUUUAAUAAUUUUGAACGUUUCAAUAAAGAAUAUAAAUAUUAUCAAAUAUUAUACUAUAUUUUGAUAUUCAUUAACAUAUAGGUAAUUAGUUCAGCUUGUAUUAUUCGUAAUAUUUACAUCUAGCCUCAAAUUUUUAUUUAUUUCAGGGGUUAUAAUUAAAAUAUAAAUUAAAAGAGAAAAAUCAUUCUCGCGCAUCUAACAUAAAAUAAAAUAAUAUAAAAAAAAAAAAAAAAAAAAAAAAUUAAUAUUUAUACCUAAUUAACAAAGUAAAUAGUUGACAUUUUUUUUACAAAAAGAGACCUAUAUCAUAAUUUUGUUCACUUGAACACGCUAACUUUGGGGGUUAACUAUGUAUCGAGAUGAAUUUUCUUUAUCAAUUAAUAUAACCCAGGAACUAAUAACUUAAGAUUUUUAAAUACAAAAUAAUAAAAGUCCUAUAGGAAGUUUUAAAUUAUACAAAAAACGGAAUUAUUCAAUAUGAUUAUAUUAAAUUUUUGAGUUUCAGAAAUAAAUCUCAUAAAAUUUAAAAUAUUUUUUUUUUUUAAAACAUGUAAUGAUUUUAUAUUUAUUUAUAAAAUGUGUUAUGCAAUUGUCUAAUUUGAAUGAAUACAAAAAAAAAAUAAUAAUAAUAAUAAAAACAAAGUUAAUUAAAUAAAUUAUAUGAUAUAGUUAAAAAUAAAUUUCAAAAAAAUGCGUUUGUUAACAAGAAAAAAAUACUAAUCUAUAUAAUAUAAUAAUUUGCGUUAUUAUUGAGUGUUUAAUAUAGAGUUGUAUUUUUAAGAAUACCAGUACAUGAAAUGUAUAGCGUUUGAUGAAUCGAACAAAUUCUGUAUGAAUUCUAUACAGAAAUCUUUUUACUAUUUGAACUAUAGCCAAUGUGAACUGUAUCGAUAGAAUUAUUUUGUUUAAUUUUUUUUUUUUUAGACAUCAAUGCGACUAUUUUUGUUCCGGAAGAAAUCCCAUCCUUGUUAUCGGUGGUGUACAGUAACUUGCCGCCGAUCAAAAAAGGUAAAAAAAUAAUAAAAAAUCAAUGUAUAAUAAUUAUAGUCCGGAUUUAUGUUCUUUUAAAACACCUAAAACACCAAUAUCAAUUCUCCUAUAUUCGCAAAAAUAAUCAAUGUACAUCAAUAUAAUAUUAUGUUUUAUAAUAAUAUAUACUUUUUUUUUAUUUUUACUCUAUCAAAAUGAUAAAAAAAUAUAUUUAUAUUUCUAAUGGUUGUUGAAACGAAUCGAAAAAAAUUUUUUCCCAAGUUAUUCAUCGAAAUUAAAAUAUUAAUAUUGAAAGUAAUUUCAAAUUACAGUAAAUCUGUAUUUUAAUUACACAAACAUAUUUAUCUCUAAACUCUAAAAUAUUCUUGAAUACGAAAAAAAAAACACUUUCCCUUGAACGGCACGCAUAAUACACACUCGGCAUAGGCGUGUAUACACUUCAUUCGCCAGUCGUGCACAACAGUGGCAUAUCCAGGGAUAGGGGGUUACUUUAUCCCCCUUCCAAAAAAAAAAAAAUUAAGUUAGGGUUUGAGAAUAUGACCCCCAAAUUCCUUAAUAGGCUAAAAAAACAAUAUUCCUUUUAUCAGAUAAAUAAAUAACUAGGUAAUAUGAAAUUGUAUUUAGUUUUUUUUAAAAUAUAAUUUUUAAUACUUUUCACAAAUAUGUAUUUCUAUAAUUACAAAUUUUCUCAAUCGUCCGCAGUCCGCAUAUGUUUCAUUAUUUAUCAAACGAUACAAAUGUUAUCACAAUUCUAUCAUAAACGGUGGAGAACCUGUCACUUGUCGUUGUUAUAGAUAAUAACGUACAAAACUACACUAACAAUUAGUACCGCGCAUAGAUAAAAUAUUUCUAUGAUCAAUGGUCACACGGCGGUAACAAGGGUAACAUUGUUAUAGAUGCUUAAAAUCCACAUGACGAAAAUCGAAACAUUUAAUAUGAAAUCAGAAACCGGGGGGAAAAAAAAAGUGUUAUAUUGUGCACCGCAAUUUAUAAUGUAAGUUAGGUCAAAUUUCGCAAGUCACGCCUUGUGCACGACAGACGAAACCCGUAGACACGUCUGUGGCACUCGUACAUAUUAUGUAAAACCGUAAAAAUCCGGACACUAAUUAUUACAAUAAUUACGGGAAGUCUGUCGUGUUACACUCGGAUAGACGGCGGAGAUAUUACGAUUUUUGUUUAAUUUUUUUUUUUUUUUUUGGUCUUCGUCUACCGAAGGCACGGACUCCAGGUUAGGCGUCGGUUUUCGGUUGGGCCCGAACGCGGACGUACAGUUCCAGCUGGAGCUCGGGCCGCAGACCAACACGUUACCGAUCGGCGACGGCGCAAAUGCCGCGGCCGCGGCCGUGGCCAAAAAACGGCAUGCGACGGCGGCCGGCGACCACGUGCCCGGCGACUGGUUGAACAGGUGGCGGUUCCAAAUGAGUCCCGGAUACGUGGGACAGGACGGCGAGCAGAUCGCGGCCGGCCACCAGACCGGCGAGCUGUCCGACGGCGGUAUUUCGGACGCCGUGGCGCACCUCAGGCAACUUUACAAACCGCAGCCGACCGUCGCGGAAACGUAGACGACGGGAGCGCGGGACGCACUCGCAAUAACAUUUUGUACAUAUUCCGCAGUUUCGCAUUAUUCGAACGGUUCGCUGCAACGACCGUAAUCAAACAGUAGGUGAUAAGCGUUCGGUUCGACACACGGCGACCGGCGCGGAUUAUCGAAAGCAUCUAAAAAUCCCCCCACCCCCCGAUAAAAAAUAUUUAGAAAAAAAAAUAUCCGCUCGGCGCCGCGAAACGGUCGACGGCCAAUGCCGAUCGUCCGCCAUGCAAAACGUAACCGUAAAUAGAAAUUCAAACUUGAUUGCACCGGCAAUUCAGAUUAUUACACCGUUGGCCGAAAGUCCAUUAUCGUGUGAGUGUCCCAUCGGCCGUGGCCCCCUCCUGCACCCCGAGUAUUCGUACGCGCACGUGUCUCGGUUAUUUCGUCCGCGGUUAUCGAAACCGAUUUGAAAACGACGGGACCACGCGCGACACCAUGCACAACACUGGCUCUACGCUUGGCCGAUAUUUCGCGGGCCUCAUUCAUUUCCACCCGUGACAUGUCCAAAUAACCUCUGUCCAUUUUCUAUCAUUUUGCCCACUACCUAAGCUACCUGAUAUCUUAUCCUCUCUCGUCACUACACUCAUCCAACUAAGCAUUAUCGCCUCUGCUUAUACGCUCACUGUCUCUGUUCUAUUAUAUUUUCUGUCUCACCACACUUUUGAAGAACUUACCUUUAAAUCUAUACAAGUUAUCAUAAAUAAUGUUGGUCCCAUUGUUUGUAUACUUAUAUACCUACGCGUAUAAUAUUAUCUAUAAACACAAACGUUUAUGGACGGCGACAAAUGUACGGUGUUAAUGCCAACUUGUUGGUAUAUUGUUCUUUUUACGGUUAUUGCAGCAAACCCUUCAAUUAUUGUACACCCGUAUUCGUGCAUAAUUAUAAAUGGUUCAAUGUUUGACGUCCCGGGGGCGGUUACCUGAAUUAUAUUUCAUUGUAUAUUAGAGAAUAAGUUUUGUGUAUUUAAAAAAAAAAAAAAAAUACAUAUUAAGCGGUGUAAUUUAUUGUAAUAUUAAUUAAUUAUAGUUUGAUAAAUGUC